GCAGUCAAAUGUCAGUACGCCACGGUGCAGCAUCGACGUCACCACUUGGCAUCUUUGGCUUACAUCAACUUGCAGGAGUUUAUCCUGGGUGCAUAGAUCUACUGGAUGUGCAUUCUCACUUGGUAUUUUAUCAGUUGGUAUUUUAAAUUUAAAAUAUUAAGAAGCUCAAGUAAUAAGUCCAAAAACCAAAAAAAAAAAAAAAAAAAAAAUCCCUUUUUUAAAAUUGUAAAAAAAAAAAUUUUAAAUUUAAAAAAUAAAAAAACUCAAGAAAAAAGUCCAAAAACCAAAAAAAAAAAAAAAGUAAAUAUCCCUUUUUUGAAAUUGUGCAUAAACAAAGUUUCAGAAUUAAACUGAAUUUGUUGUUUCCAUCAACUGUGCCAUCACAUUCAAGCUAGCAUCCACCUAAUUGCGUAAAAUAGGAUUAGCUCAAUGUAGCUUUCACCUAGGUUCAGAAAAUAGAAUUAGUUCAAUCUAGCUUCCACCUAUGUGCGUAAAAUAGAAUUCUCUAGAUUCCACCUAGGUGCGUAAAAUAGCAUUUUUUUCAAUCAAAGUACCUUCGACCGAGGUGCGUAAAAUAGAACUAGUUCAAUGUAGCUUCCACUUAUGUGUGCAAAUAGAAUUAUUUCCAGCUUUUUUAAUAGAAAAAAUAGAUUUCUUGUUCACCUGUAAUAAUAUCGGUUGGAUGUAAUUGUUUAGAUUUGUAUUGAUAGCAAUGGAUCAAAUUGUGUACUUGUAAUGAUACCCAUGGAUUAAAUUGUUUACUUGUCAGAUACCAUUGGAUGAAAUUGUUUACUUGUCAGAUACCAUUGGAUGAAAUUGUUUAUUUGUUCUGAUAGCAAUGGAUUAAAUUUUUUACGUUUAAUGAUGCCAUUGGAUUAAAUUGUUUCUUAUAAAUGGAGAUUACAGUUUUUAGCAAAUGGCUUUAAGAAUUGGAUGUUUUUGUUUUGAAAUUUUAAUCCUCACAACAUGAUUUGUACCUUGUUGCUUCAUGUGAUUAUUGACAUAUUUUUACCGUCUCAGUUAGUUUGAUCCCGUAAAGGAAUCAGCACCAUGAUGCUGGUAACAGGCAUUCCGGCCUGGGCACUCAUUUCCCUGAUGAUCGUGGUCCUGGUUGACAAUGGUGAGCCACUCGAGUUUUUUUAAAAUGCAUUUUGGGUGUUUUUAGCAUUUUAACCAGCUGAGUUGAUUGACUCUCUGAAAGAUGUUACGUUGUUGUUCAAAUGAACAUUUUUUUUUGUUUUGAUCCAGUUGUCAGCAUGUGCUCCACAUCACCCUCCAAUGGAUCACUGGAAGACUUUAAUAACGUCAGGCUGGAGAGCCACGAGGACAAAUCCAAACUUGGGCGAUUGAAGGGUAGGUGUUGAGCAUUCACAUUUGUGGUGGUGUUGUUGUUAUGAAUCGCUGAAAGUUUGUAACAAAAUGGAUCAAUUAGAAAAGGCGAAGGGUGUAAAAAAAAGGGGGGGGGAGUUUACAAAAUACAAAACAAACAAAAGGACGAAUGAUGGAUGAGUUGGUAAGUGUAGAGCAGAGUUUCUACAAUGUGUUCCAAGAGGUUGAGGUUCCAGAUAUUCGGGUGGGCAUGAGCGUAGGAAAGGGGUGGAAUGACCUUUUUUUUCUCUUUAUGUCGAGAAGGGGGAUAUUUUCGGCCAACUGCAGAGUUUUUAUUAUUGUUUGGGGGGGGGGGGUGGCAAAAAAAUGUCGAUCCGCCAAAGGCAGUACUAAACCUAAAUCCCCCACCAGCCAGUCCGUCUUUCAGGGCAGUGGGCCCAUUCCCUGUAGGAAAGGGGUGGAAUGACCUUUUUUUUCUCUUUAUGUCGAGAAGGGGGAUAUUUUCGGCCAACUGCAGAGUUUUUAUUAUUGUUUGGGGGGGGGGGUGGCAAAAAAAUGUCGAUCCGCCAAAGGCAGUACUAAACCUAGAUUCCCCACCAGGCAGUGCGUCUUUCAGGGCAGUGGGCCCAUUCCCAGGAACGUUGUGAUAACUUCAAAAUCUAGGUGUACAGUUUCUUGGUGUACCUGAGUUCAGUUUUUCUUUCAGAGUUUUGACCGGGGGGGGGGGGGGGGGGUUGCAUUUCAGUAAGGAAGGGGUGCAUUUCACUAGGGGUGACGGGGGUUUACAGGGUAUUUAUCCGUUUGCAAAAUAAGCCCCCAAGGACCCGUUUCAAGACAUAACCUUCAUUAAAUAUGGAUAAGCACGCCCUAGGCCAGAGGUCGGCAAAUAGCGGCCCGCGAGCCGAAUGCGGGUCUUUAGCGAUAUGAGUGCAGCUCGGCCAGUCGACCACAAAUCGGGUUAUGUCUCCAAAAAACGUGGCUUUUGACAGCUUCUUUAAAAUAAAUGUGGCUCUCAAAAUUUUUAAUCGUCCAUCUGCUGAUUUUUAUCUCUUUUGACUGGUGAGUUUGCCGAGAUCUGCCCUAGGCUAUUGUUUUUGCCUUAGCUUGUAGAGACCACAUGUGAAACUCGUCUCUUUGUGAGCUACUUGGUUCAAACUGAUCUUCUAGAUAUCGUGAUCUAUAUAAUAGAAAAUAGACACAGAAUCAUAAAAUGUCAUGAGUUUUGUUUGUUAUGUAAAAUUGUCUGUUGUUUAUUGUUGAAUUGUAUCGUCUUCUGGAGUAGGCGUCUUGGCGAAAGGACCGCUUAAUUGUCUUGACCUUUUAUUUUCGAGUCUUAAAAUAUCUCUUGCCACUAUUUAUUUACUUGACAUGGCUUGAACGCAAUCCCGCAUAUAUUAAACUUAAUAGUGUAAGGCAUCUGCUGCGGCACAGGACACUGCGGCGCACACUUUGAGAACCACUGCAAAAAAGGAAGAAAAAUACAAUUUAUAAGGGACAGAUGAUGUGUGAAACCGUAUAAACCUAUUUUCUCGUUCUUUACUGACACACACAGGCCGUAUAUUAUAGCACAUCUGUGUAUAUAUAGUUAAAAAAAUGCAGUAUUAUUAAAAUAUAUCAAAAUGAAAGUAAGGCUUUUAUUUUUUUACAAUAUACUUUUAAAAUAAUACGAAACUAAUAUUACUUUAAAUUUAUAAUUUAAAUGUCCCGUACAAUCCCAUGUUAUCAGUAUUGAACACUAAAGGUCAUGUAACUUCCAGGUGAAUCAGCAAUGACCACUCAAUGUCACGUUACUCCCAGGUAAUUCAGUAAUGACCACACAAUGCCAUGUUACUUCCAGUUAAUUCAGAGUGUACCUUGGAAAAAACCGUCAGGCACUUUGCAGACAUUACGAAAGGGGGCACUAUCGAACUGGAGUGUGGAGACGACGUCAUCUACGAUGUGACUGUCAAAGCCUGUAAAAUAGCAGAUAAAAAAUGCUGUGGUCUUACAGUUGAGCUGUUGGCAAGCAGUAGAUACUGUCAAGGGAAGGUAAGACUUGUGCAGUUGACCAGCAGUUAUAACUGUCUAUGGAAGGUAAGACUAGUGCAGUUGACCAGCAGUUAUAACUGUCAAUGGAUGGUAAGACUAGUGCAGUUGACCAGCAGUUAUAACUGUCUAUGGAGGGUAUGGCUAAUGCAGUUGACCGGUAGUAAUUAAUAGGCUAGGAUAUAUUUUGCUAAUCAGUUUCGAAAUUUAGAAUGAAAAGACUGACAAGAAAAUAAUUAAAAAUCAAUGUGAAAUGCAUGCAGAGGCUAGUAUAUUGCAGAGACGAGUGUAAUGUAGAGAUUAGGAUAUUGCACACAAAAAAAAAAAAAAAAAAAAAAAAAGACUGCGUUUAAGCUGUUUGAAUGAAAACGUAGAACUAGGGAUUUGGAAGCUUUAAAUAUAAAGACAAUAAAAGAAUAUCGUUUCGGCUCGGGGCCCUCCACAGAAGACAGGACAAAUGAAGAAAGAAAAAAAGAAAUAGAAAGUUCAAAGUAGAGUAGUUCAAAGUCUUAACUGCACCCUAUUAAUGUUAUGGCCGGAAGUUGGGUUUUCCAAAACUAAGACAUCAUGAAGUUAACCAUAAACACGCAUACACAUAUUGACACUCUUGGACUGCCACGCGUGGUGUGCAGCAAUCCGUCCUAUAUUCUAUAGUUAAUUUUGGCAUACUUAAAAUUUAGUAAAUCACCGAUGCACACGUUAAAUGUCAUUCCUUUUAAAACAACCCUCGUUAUUAGAACGUUCCAUCCGAUUGUUGGAAGCACACAUAUAAUUGUUUUAAGCCAAGUUCUUUUUAAUUCAUAACUUUGACAUAUUCUAUUUUAAACAUGCCCACUAGAUCAUAUGCUGAUUUUGUUUGAGUGGAGCCUCUGUUUUGUUGAAUAUUCAAUAUUUCUCCUCAUGUGAUUUAGAAAAGCUGCAAUGUGACCUACGAGCCUGGCGUCAUCGUGCUCUCUGACGUCCCCUUCUCAUCAUGCUUCGGCCAAGAGCCGUCGUCCCUUGAACUGAGCUACCGUUGUCUGACGUCAAGUUAGGACAUUUUUCAAAAUGAUAUUUGUUAUUGAUUUAGGAGACAUUAAUUAAUGUUUAGAUUUAGAAGAAAAAAAAUAUAUCGGUAAAAAAAUGUAAAAACCAAAUUUCCAUUUUAUUUUCACACAAAAACAAGACAAAAAUGACCAUUUGGUUUUUUACAUUUUUUACAUAUAUAUUUUUUUGUUGACUCCACCUUAAUGGCCGUGUGUAGAGUUUUUUUGUACGACAAACAGAUUGAUUAUAUAAAAAUAAAUAAUUUUUUGUAUUUCUGUCGUCCACCAGAAACACCAAUUCAUGACGUGAAAAACACAUACCAAGUUAUCGAAGCUGACAGUGGCGUGCUAGUGGUCUCGAAAAGUUCUGUGAGCGAUCCUGGCGAACGGAGGUCAGGGCUUUUUAAAAAAAGAUAUUUUUUUUAAGUCUACAAUUUCUUCAAAGUGCGGUUUGGUCAAGCAACAAUCUUUAUCGAUUUUAAUGUUACGAAAAUGUGUUUAGAUUUGAUCCAAUGUAAAUUUAAAGAAUGGUUCAUGCAUAAUUUUACUAAUAGAGUUGUUUUAAUUAGCAUCUCACGUGACUCAUAACAUCGUCAUCACUACCCCAAACUGCCGUCUUUUCACUAAGGGCUUAGGAGGAGACUUUCUAAGAAUAGCAUUAAAACCAUAGAUUGAAAUAAAAAUGUAGAAAUAAUUUAUUUAUUUUAGAUUGGGUUGGGGGGGGGUGGGGUGGUAUCAAUCAUAAAAUAAUUGGAAUCAGUGGCGUAGCUAGUGGGGUGUGGAUGGUGCAAACCGCACCGGGUGACACCAUCUCAGGGGGGCAACACGAAAUUGAAAAAUUGCUUAUUUACAGAGCAUACACUGCUCGGUCUAAACCAGUGGUUCUCACCCUUCCUACUGCCUUGACCCUUAUAUACAGUUCCUCAUGUUGUGGCGUCCACAACCACAAAAUUAUUUUCGUGACUACUUCAUAACUGUGUAGUAUAUGUGUUUUCCGAUAGUCUUAGGUAACACCUGUGAAAGGGUGGUUCGACCCCCCAAAGGGGUCGUGACCCACAGGUUGAGAACCACUGGUCUAAACGAAUUUCAUAUAAGUAUAACCAAUCACAAGUAAAUUGUCCACACAUGUAACCAAUCCAAUUGGUACGGUGGAGAACAGGGAUUGACAGGCUUGCAGCUUAGAAGACCAGAGAAUAAAGUAAAUUUAAUGAAAACAUAUAUUAUUAUUAUUAUUAUUAUUAGUGGUCUUAUAUAGCGUGGUACCCCAGACUACGACUGCGCUCACCGUGCUGUACAUAACAAUAUUAGCAAACGUAAUCGAUGACAUUUCAAAGACCCAUACAUUUAUUUAAUUAAAAACAUAGCUAUAUAAUAACAAAACAACAACAAAAAAUGUCUAUUCACACCACCCGACCCAUAACUUUUACAUGUCAAGCGAUGGACAGCAACCAGCAGCAUCGUUGUUACAGUUCUUAAAUAUAUGUACCUCCUGACCCUUAAUUAAUGUAUUGUUCUUCCACUUAUUGUUAUACUGUAGACUUAUUUUGACAAGAAGAAAUCCAUCGUGGAAGUCGGGGGAAGGGGGAGACACCUUGAGUUAACCGCACCGGAUGACACCAAACCUAGCCACGCCACUGAUUGGAGUAGAUAAAAUAUUUAUAAAAACAGUAAAAUAAACGAAUUUGAUCACAUUUCCUUAGGUCAGCCUUUCUCUACUGACCAACCUAGUGAUAUUUAUAAAUGUGAAAAUCACUUCAUUUGAACGCAUGCGCCCAUCAAUCAGAAAGGCAAGUGGAAAAACCCAGCGUUUUUAUUUGUUUUUUGGGUCUUUCUUCUAUUGCAAUACAGGUUCCGGGCCGUCAUAAGACCCCCUCCAUCCAUGUUUGAUGUACAGGGAGUUUUUCUUGAAGUCCUACAAGCAGAUAUCAACGGAGGUGCGUCCAGUUGAUGUUAUGUAAAGUGGGGCAACAUGAAGUGAUGUUUUCUGAACAACAACAAAAAAUAUGUUUGAUGACUCAGCUAUUUGGCAGUUUCUUGUGAACUCUUUGGUAGUGUUUUGUGAACUCUUUGGUAGUGUUUUGUGAGCUCUUUGGUAGUGUUUUGUGAACUCUUUGGUAGUGUUUUGUGAGCUCUUUGGUAGUGUUUUGUGAACUCUUUGGUCGUGUUUUGUGAGCUCUUUGGUAGUGUUUUGUGAGCUCUUUGGUAGUGUUUUGUGAACUCUUUGGUAGUGUUUUGUGAACUCUUUGGUAGUGUUUUGUGAGCUCUUUGGUAGUGUUUUGUGAACUCUUUGGUAGUGUUUUGUGAGCUCUUUGGUAGUGUUUUGUGAACUCUUUGGUCGUGUUUUGUGAACUCUUUGGUCGUGUUUUGUGAGCUCUUUGGUAGUGUUUUGUGAGCUCUUUGGUAGUGUUUUGUGAACUCUUUGGUAGUGUUUUGUGAACUCUUUGGUCGUGUUUUGUGAACUCUUUGGUAGUGUUUUGUGAGCUUUUUGGUAGUGUUUUGUGAACUCUUUGGUCGUGUUUUGUGAACUCUUUGGUAGUGUUUUGUGAGCUCUUUGGUAGUGUUUUGUGAACUCUUUGGUAGUGUUUUGUGAACUCUUUGGUAGUGUUUUGUGAACUCUUUGGUAGUGUUUUGUGAGCUCUUUGGUAGUGUUUUGUGAACUCUUUGGUAGUGUUUUGUGAACUCUUUGGUAGUGUUUUGUGAACUCUUUGGUAGUGUUUUGUGAGCUCUUUGGUAGUGUUUUGUGAACUCUUUGGUAGUGUUUUGUGAACUCUUUGGUAGUGUUUUGUGAACUCUUUGGUAGUGUUUUGUGAGCUCUUUGGUAGUGUUUUGUGAACUCUUUGGUAGUGUUUUGUGAACUCUUUGGUAGUGUUUUGUGAACUCUUUGGUAGUGUUUUGUGAGCUCUUUGGUAGUGUUUUGUGAACUCUUUGGUAGUGUUUUGUGAACUCUUUGGUAGUGUUUUGUGAACUCUUUGGUAGUGUUUUGUGAGCUCUUUGGUAGUGUUUUGUGAACUCUUUGGUAGUGUUUUGUGAACUCUUUGGUAGUGUUUUGUGAACUCUUUGGUAGUGUUUUGUGAGCUCUUUGGUAGUGUUUUGUGAACUCUUUGGUAGUGUUUUGUGAACUCUUUGGUAGUGUUUUGUGAACUCUUUGGUAGUGUUUUGUGAGCUCUUUGGUAGUGUUUUGUGAGCUCUUUGGUAGUGUUUUGUGAACUCUUUGGUAGUGUUUUGUGAACUCUUUGGUCGUGUUUUGUGAACUCUUUGGUAGUGUUUUGUGAGCUUUUUGGUAGUGUUUUGUGAUUUCUUUGGUCGUGUUUUGUGAACUCUUUGGUAGUGUUUUGUGAGCUCUUUGGUAAUGUUUGUCAACUCUUUGGUAGUGUUUUGUGAACUCUUUGGUAGUGUUUUGUGAACUCUUUGGUCGUGUUUUGUGAACUCUUUGGUCGUGUUUUGUGAACUCUUUGGUAGUGUUUUGUGAACUCUUUGGUAGUGUUUGUCAACUCUUUGGUAGUGUUUGUCAACUCUUUGGUAGUGUUUUGUGAACUCUUUGGUCGUGUUUUGUGAGCUCUUUUAUAGUGUUUUGUGAGCUCUUUGGUAGUGUUUUGUGAGCUCUUUGGUAGUUUUUUGUGAGCUCUUUGGUAGUGUUUUGUGAGCUCUUUGGUCGUCUUUUUCAUAAACUAUUGCGGCCUGCCUGACAUUUUGAGUUGUGCAGGCCUGGCGUAAAGCCAUCUCGUGAUUCGGAUUAAUUUAUCCUAAAGCAAUAUUUGUAGAUUCUUAUUUUUUUUUUUUAGUAGUUUCUGCUAUCAAUAGAAAGCUAAGAGAAGGCUUUAACAAAACUUAAUUCGUAGGACUCUUCUAAUGGUCAGUGGUGUAGCUUAAGUAGUGCCGCCCUGGGUGGAGCAUGAUUUUAACACCCCAAUCCUAUUCGCACCCAAUCCCCGGUAGAAAAAAUUUGCGUUGGGCCGAAAAUGAAACAACUCUCCAGAUAUAUAAAAGUGCCGCCCGGGACAGACCGCCCCCGGCCCCCUUUUGCCUUCCUUUGGGGCCUCUUGUAGUAAGAGGACUUACCUGCUUGCAGAAUUUAAAAAAAAAAAAAUAAUAAGAUUGAGAGUACGAUCCCGUCAAACCAGAUAUUGGCAGGAAAAAUUUAAGGACAGUGCUAGCGAGCAUGAAAUUUAAUUAAAGUUCAUUUGAGUUGGUUGGGGGGGGGGGCUUGCAGUUUAUUUUAUUUUUGUUCAGUGCUUGGUAGGCUCCCCCCCCCCCCCCACAAUCACGACCAGCCCCGCAGAACGGAUGUUGCAGAUUCCAAGGUAACUCGCUACGCCAAUGACCGCAGCACUCUUGACUUAAAAAAAAGCAACCAACGAAAAUUUAAAAAAAAUAAAUAAAUAAAUAAAAAAACAAACAAAAAAACACUAAAUUUUACUACAAUAUAAAAUAUUCUACUGUGAAUUCAUAUCUGGUGACUAAUCACUAAUUAUUUUGAGGAGGUGGUUCUAGAGAAUUGAAAUAAUUUUAGUGCACAAUACAAUAAAAAAACCUAAUAAUCAACAAUUUAUUUAUAUUUUUUUCCCCGAGAUCUCAUUGUCGUACUCAAAUAAAAGAAUCUAUAAACUUCUUUGUUAAAUAGCUUCAUGGAGGAUUAAUGUCAUUUUCUUACUCCUCCUGAAAAACGACUAAAAAAUCCUUUCUGUAUUUCACACAGGUAGUCACGUCAAAAUCGAUGGUUCCCACACUGAAUGCCAGAUCACAGAUAAGACGUGCUUCGCAACGAGCUUGAACGUCAAGUCGUUUGUGCUAAAUGUUUACCAUGGAAACGUCACCCCAUCUUACCACGUCAAAUUUAAGUGUAAGUAAAAAAACAAACAGAUAUCUUAUUACAAUUUGCUUUUGGCGUGACUGCUUCCACAUCCGGAUCCUGGUAGCACCCAAAUUAUAAUUCGCGACAUUUAUGCUAAAUGAUGGGAGGGGGUGGUCAGUGGCUCAAACGAUGGGAGGCGGAUGGUCAGUGGUUCAAACGAUGUUGAGGGGAUGGUCAGUGGUUCAAACAAUGGGAGGGGGAUGGUCAGUGGCUCAAAUGAUGGGAGGGCGUGGUCAGUGGUUCAAACGAUGGGAGGGGGUGGUCAGUGGCUCAAACGAUGGGAGGGCGUGGUCAGUGGGUAAAACGAUGGGAGGGCGUGGUCAGUGGUUAAAACGAUGGGAGGGCAUGGUCAGUGGUUCAAACGAUGGGAGGGGAUGGUCAGUGGUUAAAACGAUGGGAGGGCGUGGUCAGUGGUGGGAGGGGGUGGUCAGUGGCUCAAGCGAUGGGAGGGCGUGGUCAGUGGUUAAAACGAUGGGAGGGCGUGGUCAGUGGUUAAAACGAUGGGAGGGCAUGGUCAGUGGUUCAAACGAUGGGAGGGGAUGGUCAGUGGUUAAAACGAUGGGAGGGCGUGGUCAGUGGUUCAAACGAUGGGAGGGGUGGUCAGUGGUUCAAACGAUGGGAUAGCACCCAAAAUAUAAUUCGCGACAUCUAUGCUAAAUGAUUUUAUUUUUUUUUUAAAUAACGCAACUGCAUAAUAUUAUAUUUUAUUAUCGUAAAUGAAAUCGUCUCAAUUUAAAUAUGUGGUAAUAAGUAUUCGGUUUAAAAGUGGUUGGGAAUCAGUAUGUUAAUAUAGUUAAUGAGCGUGAAAUAAAAAGUGUGCAGUGACGUAUUAUGGGGGCAAGGGAUGUAGCAAAAAUUUGGGAUGCUUACAUGUGCGUUACCCGAGUUCAUGUUUCGUCAAGUAGCUUUAGUAGAUGUGAAGUUCACACAUCGCUGUCGCCAAUGGUUGGCAAGCUAUACACCUAGUAAAUAAUAAUGCCAGUGGUGUACAAUGUCUUUAGCAACACCGUCUACUUUUUGGGCAUGGGCCACGCAUUCAAGCAUUUGACAUAACACAGUAAACAUGCAGUUUCCAGUAAUAUUUCCAUCUGAACACCCAAGUAUCGAUCCUAUUGAAAGUGAAUCGAAAGAGUUACAAAAUAUUCCAAGACGCCAGAAGACAUGUUAAGAUAUUUUCGACGGUCUUUGCUUUACUCGAAGUUUAAAAUUUUAAUAGAAGAAUAAGAAAGCAGGCAUUGUUUAAAUAUCCAUGUUCCUUUUUUUUUCUUUUUUUUUUUGGAUGUGGCUUGUGAUAACGAAAGCUCUAACCAAACAGCUUUAUAGGACUUUAAAAUACGUUUUACUAAUGUUGAAUAUGAGGUUUAUAAAAACUGGACUGGAACAAAAAUGAAAAUUGUAAAUUUACAAAUAAAAACCAAGGGGAAAAAAAAGUUUCACCGUAUAUCGAUUGUGAUAAAGAACAAAAAAUACGAGAAGAUCUAAAUCAAGAUUUUUCCCAACCUGACAUCCCACAGCGAAUAGAACUUUUGGAAGAUCUACGCUAACAUCACAUCCUAUAGAAGUAAUGAUUCGUGUAUUAGUUAUAGAUCAAGUGUGCUGGAAGACGUCAGAGCGAAAACUGAAACUUUGCCAAAACAAAUCCCAUCGUUUUAACCACUGACCACGCCCUCCCAUCGUUUGAACUACUGACCACGCCCCCCAUCGUUUUAACCACUGACCACGCCCUCCCAUCGCUUGAACUACUGACCACGCCCCCCAUCGUUUUAACCACUGACCACGCCCUCCAUCGCUUGAACUACUGACCACGCCCCCCAUCGUUUUAACCACUGACCACAACCUCCCAUCGUUUGAACUACUGACCACGCCCCCAUCGUUUUAACCACUGACGACGCCCUCCCAUUUCUAUUAUUUGAACCACUGACCACGCCCUACCAUCGUUUUAACCACUGACCACGCCCUCCCAUUUGAUUGUUCGAUAAAAUGUCGAUUUGGGUUGUUGUUUUAUUUUUAAUCUUUCCUAUAUAAUAUCAAAUAUUAUGUAAAGUGAUCGUGCUAAGUCUCUUGAAGUCAAUUCGCCGUUUCUCAUCUAUAACAAUAACAGUCACUGAUAAUUUUUUAUCAUGUCCGUAGGGUACAACAACAGUACAACAACAAGUGACAUAUUGCCCAGACACGGACACCCGUGCCCAAAAUCCCUGCCGCCCGAGCCCGGUAAGCUCUUGCCUGUUAAAAAAGAAACGGCAUCCAAAGACCCGUACGGCCUUUUGAGAAGUCACCCCAGGUUCCCUUGGAACUACAAGAGACCAUUGGCCGGCACCCACCAGAACCACCGGACAUCGUUCUAUCAUACGCUCGAACCCCCGAGCAAGGGGCAAGAUCUGCUGAUUCAAAUCGUGACCUUUGACCUGGCUCCCAGAGAUACCUUAAAGAUUCAAGUGGGCAACAGUAUUAGUGAGUUGCUUUAUACUUUUUUUUUAAAAAGAUCAAACAAAUUAAACGAAACAACCCCUAAUAACAAAAAUGUUUGGGUGGAUCCUUUAUAAAAUCAAUUAAUAAACAAAUAAAUUAUUUUUGGGGGUGGGGUAGGAAGCUGGGUUGAGAAGAUGUUGAGCUUAAAAGGAUUUAAACCUGUAUAGGGCAUUUUUUUAAAAAAAAUUAUACGGCAUCAAUGGUGUCAUCCAAUUUGCUGGUUGGGUUUUUGUUGUUGUUGUUUUUUUAAGCUUUUUACUUUUAGCUUUAAUGUAAAUCUAAAAAAAAUUCAUAUUAUCUAAAGGGCUUGUUUAUUUUAAAAAAAAAUCCCCUUGUAAUGGUUGUCAGCCUAAAAAAAAAUAAAAAAAAUAACUACCUCUUAUUAUUUUGUUUUAUCAUGACCACGUCAGCAUGUAUAUACUCUCGUCGCCAUUAUGGGUCAUUUAACGUUUCAUUGCCCUAUAAAUUAUUAAACACAUAGAUGUAGUAUGUAUGUUUACCUUUUCGUGUGCUGAUGAAAACAUUCGUCGAAACGUUUCAAAUAUAUUGUUCCGUUUUCAAAAAUUGUUUUAUGUCGCAUUCAUCUAUUCCACGUUUUUAACUGUGACCGUUUUAUUUCCAAAUAAUACACCAUUAGCGAAUAUCAAUCGAGCUGAGGACAAGCCACGAACGUUUGCAAAAUGUGACGGCCUUGUGGUCACCUUUACGGUCCAGCAUGGGCACUUCCCUACCAGAUCUGGAUUCUUGCUACGUUAUGAAUGUGAGUGGUCUGUCCUGUCAGUUAGAAUAGGAUGUUGCUACGCUAUGACUCUAGGUGGCCAAUGAUAUGUGUGUGUGUGUAUGUGUGUGUGUGUGUGUGUGUGUGUGUGUGUGUGUGUGUGUGUGUGUGUGUGUGUGUGUGUGUGUGUGUACGUGUGUGUAUGUAGGUUUUGUCAGUCCCGUCAUUUAGAUGAAAUGUCAAGCUAGAAAAUCUACAGUGUUUAGUUUUGUCAGCUGUAAGGGCGUCGUUAUUACUAUGCAGGGGCGAAUCCACAGCUAAGAGUUGGUCUGCGUUAUAUAUUUGUGAGAGAAAUUUUUUUUUAAAGCCAAAAUAAUAACACAAACCUGUGUGUUUAAGCAACCAAUAUUUCAACGAAGGAUUCUCAAACCAUUUGCUGCCUGGCCGCAGUAAGGGUACCCGGAUAGCAGUUUUUAAACAAAUGAAACCGGACAUUGACCAUUUAUAUCCAAAAGCGGGACCAUACUUUGCACUGAAAUACAAAUAUAAACUCUACGUUUCAUUCUAUUUUUAUCUUUUCUUGCUCUCUCUCACUCCCCCCAUAUGGCCCCCCCCCCCCCCCCCCCAAAGGCCCCCCCCCCCCCCCCCCCCCCCCCAAAAAAAAUAAAAUUUGUGACGUGUGCAUAGGAUUUCGUCCCGGUUAUAUUUUGUUUCAAACUUAAGUCCUAACAGCAUCUGAGGGACAGUGAGCCGGCCUUCUAAUACAACUGUUUGAGAACCCUCUGAAUUUACUCAUUGUUCAUUUUAAAAAAGUUAAACUUAAAACAAUAUGAAAUACACAUCGCUUCACCGUAGAAGGUGGCCAUGAGUCAAAUCAAAGUCUCACAAAAGUUGAGAAACCGCAAACAUAAAAAAUGAGUAGAAUUGGCUUCUUAUAAAUCCUAUCGAUGUAUUAAUUACAAUAAGAAUUUAUUUUUCCUUAACAGGGGUAUUAAAUUCGACACCUGGCGUCUUCAACAAAUCGAUCAUAUACAGUAAGUCUGAGAUGAUGUUUUUUUUUUUUUUUUAUUGUUUUUUUUUUAAAUAUAUAAUAUUAACAGAGUCAAAGACUUGACACUUUCUUCCAUUUACAAAGUCCCAUAACAAAUUUUCCUUAACAGGGGUAUUAAAUUCGACACCUGGCGUCUUCAACAAAUCGAUCAUAUACAGUAAGUCUGAGAUGAUGUUUUUUUUUUUUUUUUUAUUGUUUUUUUUUUAAAUAUAUAAUAAUAACAGAGUCAAAGACUUGACACUUUCUUCCAUUUAAAAAGUCCCAUAACAAAUGACUCUGUUACGACUCAUUUUUUAGCUUUUCAUUUUAAGGCAUGGUUUUAGUUUGCUCAAAACGUAACAAUGAAAACAUGCAAGUAACAGGUUGUUUUUAACAGAAAUUCUCAUUGUAUUAACGCGAUGCUGUUAUUCAUAAGUGGGUGAGAUAUUGGUCAUCAUGAAGGAUGUUGUGAGAUGUUUCUUGAUAGAUUUAUUCCUGAGAUUGUGUAGGGUGGAAGACGCGUAUCACGGGCCUCUGGGGGAAUGGCCUGUAUCCGGAGAUCUGUGUGGUCCACGGAAAGUGUUUGGGAUGUGAAAGGGUUUAACGAGAUUGCGCGUGCUGUUUGUGUUCCGUCUGGAAUUCCCCGACACACAACUUACACAUUAUUAGUUAGAAGAUGGACGGACCACGGUGCGGCCCAGCGCUUGCUCUGACGGCGCCUCUACCGGACGCCCAUUCAGAUAUGUGUCUGCUCUUAUAAAAAAAGGAUAUAGCCCUGGAUGCCAACUUUUCCAAACUGAUCUCAUAGGUUCUCAUGUUGCCAACUUGACGCCCCCUGAUUGUAAAAAUAUCCGUCGAAGGCGGCGUCUCUACUAGUUAAUUAAGCAAAGUCGUUGAAGUGAUUCAAAUUUUUUUUUUCUAUUUACGGAGUCUUCGCCCUUUUGUAUAUGUAUAUGACAACAUUGGAUCCAUUAUUCAUGAAGAUUUUUGCAUCAAAUUUACGCAAGGCCUCUUAUGUGAAUUACUAAAAUGUAUACAGCGAUAUAUAUAUAUAUAUAUAUAUAUAUAUAUAUAUAUAUAUAUAUAUAUAUAUAUAUAUAUAUAUAUAUAUAUAUAUAUAUAACAACACCACGCAUUGAAUGUAAAGAUAGGUAACCUAAAACUAAAUACGACUCGUAUUUUUGUGGCAACAAAGCAACUUCUGGUUACCACUUGUAGGGGCUUAUCUAAAUCAUUUGAUACUAAGAGAGCUACUUCAUUGCUCGAGGUAUUUGGGAUGUUCCGUACUACGCCAUUGAAUGGAAAAAUGGGAAUACAAAUCUGACAAUUUGGUAGUAUUUGGGAAUAAAAAUCUGACAAUUUGGUAAUAUUUGGGAAUACAAAUCUGACAAUUUGGUAAUAUUUGGGAAUAAAAAUCUGACAAUUUGAUAGUAUUUGGGAAUACAAAUCUGACAAUUUGAUAGUAUUUGGGAAUACAAAUCUGACAAUUUGGUAAUAUUUGGGAAUACAAAUCUGACAAUUUGGUAAUAUUUGGAAAUACAAAUCUGUCAAUUUGGUAUUAUUUGGAAAUACAAAUCUGAAAAUUUGGUAAUAUUUGGAAAUACAAAUCUGACAAUUGGGUAAUAUUUGUAAAUACAAAUCUGACAAUUUGGUAAUAUUUGGAAAUACAAAUCUGACAAUUUGGUAAUAUUUGGGAAUACAAAUCUGACAAUUUGGUAAUAUUUGGAAAUACAAAUCGGAAAAUUUGGUAGUAUUUGGGAAUACAAAUUGGACAAUUUGGUAGUAUUUCGCGGCGGUCCUGGGAAAAGUCCAGCUGCUUUCCAGAGCGACGAAACGCACAUUUUAGAAACCACUGAAUAAGCCUAUGACUUGAAACUUAAUUGACAAUGCUUAUUGUCAAAACCAAAAUCAAUUACUACAUUUCUAUAUUUAAAAAAAAAGAAGUAAAUUUUGUUAAAUCUACUUAUAACUUUAACUUUGUUCUAUUUUUAAAUUUAUUUGAAAUUUCAACACAGACGAGCGUCUUUAACACUAAUUAAGUGAGUCUGAUAUCAUUAACAACAAAAAAUUAUUCAUUUGCACUUUUUAUUCUUUUGUUUUAUUUGUUUUAAUGACCCACCCACUUUUAAAUCGCAUAUUUAUUUCAACAACUAGAAUAAAUGACCCGAUGUUAUCGGGAUAAUAAUGGUAGGUCCUUUGCGAUAAUUUCUAACUGCUAGUGCAAAAACUCAUCCCAAUUCAUAACUUUUAAAAUGCAAUGAUAUUUAAGUUUCUAACAUCAUUAAGUUUUGAGAAGUGUUUAUCUGCUAUAUAUAAUACGCGUAUCCUACACCCUUUCACGCUCAUCAACUACGUUUCCCCCUCUAAAGAUGACCUUAAAUUACCCAGUCUAAAUUAUCCCUAAUUAUAUCCCUUUUGUCACUAAAAAAAAAAAUUAGUGACAAUUACUACGCUAAAGAAAUACUUUAGAUUUACCCCGUUUCGUACCCUUAAAUUACAACUUUUUCUCUCAAAAUUUUUUUAAAACCUAAUCUUAAAUUUACAACAAAAAUUUUAUAUAUGAUAUAAAUAUAAUUUGUAUUACAGGAAUUCGAUAUAUAUUGAUAUCUUUAUAAAAAAUUUACACAUAUUUUUGCCUUUUUAAAAAUUAUCAGAAAAUCGUAAAACAAAGAAUUCUUUAUCUAAGAAGAAUCUCGCAACUGUUUUUCCCGCCUAUAUCAGAUUUGACCGUUUUUUUAAAAAAUUAAAUUGUUAAUCUCAUAAAAAUACACACCUUUUUACUUUUUGCAAAGUAACAACAAAAAUAUUUUUAUUUUUAAUAAAAAGGAAAUAUUAUCCCAUAUUCAUGUGUCAAAAUUUAAUUUUCAAGUGGGUAAAAUAAUCGGGUUUUGAUAUUCAUGGAUAUACUUAUAUAAAUGUACCCAAGAUUGUUAGCGCCAUUUAUUUUCUUAAUUGGUAAACAUAUGUUUAUUUGUCAAAAGAGAAUUUAACAUCUCUUUUUUCACAAAUGAAAUACCAUAGGAUUUAAAUAUAUUGUAUUCCACGUAAAAAUGUACACAUCCUUUUUCCUAUCUCCGAUAUGUAUGUACCCAAGAAGAUUAAUUAUUUAUCAAAUUAAUUCCUUUAUUUUGGGACCUAUCUUGUAUUGCGUUGGGCAAAACGAACAUACCAAUAUUUGUAAAAAGAGAAUGUAACAUCUCCUUUUCACAAACGUGAUACCAUAGGAUUUAAAUAUAUUUUCAUCCACGUAAUAAUGUACACAGACUAUUUCCUACCUGCGACAUGAAUUAACUCAAAAAAAUUAAUUAUUUAUCAAAUUCAUACCUUUAUUUUGAGAGUUAUCUUGUGCUACUUUGAGAAAAAAUGAACAUACACAUAUUUUCAAAAAUAGAAUGCAACAUUCCUUUUUUAACACAUGUAAUACACAUCAUUUUUCCUGUCUCCGAUACGUAUGUACCCAAAAUGAACAUACCAAUAUUUGUAAAAAGAGAAUGCAAAAUCUCUUUUUUCACCAAUGCAAUACCGUAGGAUUUAAAUAUAUUGUCAUCCACGUAAAAAUGUACACAUCCUAUUUCCUACCUCCGACAUGUAUUUACCGAAGCAGGUUAAUUAUUUAUUAAAAUCAUUCCUUUAUUUUGAGACGUGUCUUGUGCUGCCUGGGGCAAAGUUACCAAGCCCUCCCCCACCCAGAUUUAAAUAAAUUUAGAAAAUCUUCCACCGGUUUGUAGUCCCUUCCAUACCCAAACUAAUAUCUUUAGCACUUCAUAUGGUUCGUUCUUUGUAUGAGGUAUAAGUAAGCUAUGAUAAAUAAGCUAUUUAGCGCUAUGACGUCAUUUCCAUGAUUAUUUAGAAGAAAUUAGUUUUUAAUUUUAACUCGCAAUAUUAACAACGCACUAAAAGACGCACUAAAAAACGAAUGCUUGGGUUUUUCCGAUAAAUGUGAUUGCGGUGUAAUUCUUUGAUCAUGAUUUUUUAUUUUUUUUAUUUUUUCAUAACUUUCAAACACAUAUAAAAGGCUUAAAAUAGUUCCUUAGCUGAUAAUUUAAAUGUAUUUGAAAUUGAUAAUAAUAAUACUUAAACUUUUACUGAAAUAAAAGCGGAUUUGGAAUAUUUUUUGCGCAUUUAAAUUUAUUCGAUUUCCGUAAAAUAAUAGAAAAUAACUAUGAUUGUUUUUAGGAAUCCGAACGUACUUAAAAAGUUCUACCUUUUGGCGUUAUGUGAACAUAUUUCAUUCUUAUAUAUAUUAUUUCAGAAAAACAAAAGAAGUAUGACGCACCGAACGCGGUUGCGAUAUUUUUACGAAUCAAGUUUUGCGCAGUUAUCGGGAAUUUCCUUUUGAGAAAUCGGCGUCAUGGUAUUUCCUUCCUCUUCCCUGCGAAAAGCGGGCGAAACUGAUUUUUUGGGGAUUGAGGUUAUGGGGUGGGGGGGGGAAAAAUUGAUAUAAUAGUUGUCAUAGGCAGCGAGUUUAUUCCUCUUCCCUGCGAAAAGCGGGCGAAACUGAUUUUUUGGGGAUUGAGGUUAUGGGGUGGGGGGGGGGAAAAAUUGAUAUAAUAGUUGUCAUAGGCAGCGAGUUUAUGCGCUACGUUUCAGCUCGAUAGUUUGACGGGAAGUGGGUAAAUUAGCCUUCCAAAGAUUUUGCCGCACACCUAGAACGAAAGAAAUACAUGAACAAAUGCGUCAUGGUAUUUCCUUCCUCUUCCCUGCGAAAAGCGGGCGAAACUGAUUUUUUGGGGAUUGAGGUUAUGGGGUGGGGGGGGGGGUAAAAAUUGAUAUAAUAGUUGUCAUAGGCAACGAGUUUAUGCGCUACGUUUCAGCUCGAUAGUUUGACGGGAAGUGGGUAAAUUAGCCUUCCAAAGAUUUUGCCGCACACCUAGAACGAAAGAAAUACAUGAACAAAUGCGAAGUUAAUGAAAAGGAGUUUAAAAACAAACAUUUAGGGGCUCCUCUUGAUUUGCUCUGUAAAGUUCUCGCUAUCUACCAAAACUUCCGGAUUAGACGAUCCAGCUUUUUAAAUUGCUUUUCAAAUCAAAUUAUUUUCAGGCAAAAAGUGCAAGGACGACAAGGCAGGGGCGACAACUAAGAAGCCCCGAGGCAAAAAUGGGGGGAAACCUGGAAAUAAACCAAAAAAGGAUAAAGAGAAAAAGAAAAACAAGAACAGUUGCAACGAGAGAAAGAAAAAGUGCCCCCCACCCCCUGAAAAGACAAAUUGAACAACUGAGAAAGCAAAUGAAUUGACUUAAGCGGAGUCUAGGAGAUUUGAAGGAAACCUCGUGAGAUUAACGGCGAACCGGACGAAACGGAGCUAGAAGGGUUGAGCGAACCUGAUGGACAUUAACUUCUGGAUGGUUGUUGUUUUUGCUGACCACCGGUUAUGGCUAGUUGAAAGUUUGAUGUGAAUGGCUGAAUGGACGAUUCGAACAAUCUUGCGAUACGCUGAGUAAAGUGUAUCGUUGCCGCGUAGUUGUACAUUAAAUGGCACGUUCCAUGUUCAUGCUAUGUGUGUACACAGUGGGUUUUGUUAUGUCGCAUGAAAAUGUAUCACACUUGUGUCAUUUACACGAUAUUACAAGGUUUUUCUUUGUUGUAGAGCUGUAGUUACAAGGGGGUGGGGGUGGGGUGGUUAGGUAGUAUAAACCUUAAAAAAAGAGGGGGGGGGGCUUAUUUCUAAUACAAACAAACAGUUGAGAACAGUGAAAAAGUGGAGAACAGUGAAGAGCAGAGCAGUAGAUAACGGUGAAGAUAAAUUGAGAACAGUGGAGAACAACUGAGAACAGUGGAGAACAACUGAGAACACUGGAGAACAGAACCGGGGAUAACAUAACAGUAGAGAACAACUGAGAACACUGGAGAACAGAACCGGGGAUAACAUAACAGUGGAGAACAACUGAGAACACUGGAGAACAGAACCGGGGAUAACAUAACAGUGGAGAACAACUGA